UGCGGUAGGUCGCAGUUAUUGGAAAAUGUAUCCCCUAUUUUAAACUUUUGUGUGAAGAACUGACAUGGCCUCUGACAUGACUUUAGUUUUAUCGACGCGAUAAAUGUGAAAUUAGAAAAAUCCAAAAUCCAAAAUGGGAAACAACCCUUUUAAUUUAAACUAAGGUUUUAAAAGUUAUCUCCCAUCAAUAUCAGAUGCGAAACUGUGCCUUGAAAUUCGUAAAGGACUCACGUUAUUUAGCGUUCUGCGCUUGCGCUGUUUGUCCAAAACCUUUCACACAGGAAAAAUGGCGGUCAACGCGAAGUAUUUGUGUUAUUGUUGCUGUAUUUUUUGUCUGUUGUAGUUUAUUGUUGCUCAGAAUCAAACGAUACACGUCAGACAUUUGAAUUAUGAGUACUGGUGCCACAAGUUCAUCGAGGCGUCUUGCAGUGCGAACAUAUGGAAGGUCCAAGGAAAGCACCAGUCGUGCUUUUGAUGAGGCAGUUGCUCCCAAGCCAGCUCACAUCAAGGCUGCCACAACUCACACAAAGUGGGGCAAGACCAACUUCAUUGCCCUCAGGGAAAGUCAGAGACUGAAAGGUGAGGUGCUUGAAGGCAGCCGCAAAGUAAAGCAGACAAAGAAUGUCGGUGAUCCAUUCAGCUUCGACGAGGACGCCAGCAAACGGAACAGUCCCGUUAAGAAGCAGACGGCUAAUGCAAACAUCAUGGGCAACACACGUCUGCCUGGAACUCGGAUCAUGACGAGGAGUGCAGAGGUGAAAAAAGAUGUCACGGUCAUUGAAGAUUUAGGUGACAGUAGUGUUAAAAAGGAUGAUGAUGACGAUCCUGAAGUUAUGUUCAAUUUUGAAUCAAAAGUAUCCAAAACAUAUUCCCGUGCUCCAUUCAACAGUAAACCAGAACCAAAGAAACAGAGUACUGAUCCCAAAUGUAAAGAAUCUGUUAAAGAUUUCGGUUUUGGGGAUUUGUCCGAUGAAGAAGAGGUCAGUCAAAGAAGUAAUGUACUUCACAAGAUGCAAAUCGUAGAGCAUUCCAUUAGACAUUCACAGUGUGAUUACCAGUCGAAACCUCCAUCUUCGAAGCAAGUGGACGACAACUCCGAUGACGAUAUAUUUCCUGUCCAGUUCAUGAAAAAACCUCAAAAAACGUAUGGUAGCCGAUACUCAUCCUUCGACACAUCAUCAUCGUCUUCUUUCACCUCAUCGCCUGUGGUUGAAACCGUGGAUGUGUUUGACGAUGUCAGCCACAAGACAUCCACUGUGUCCAAGAGUCCUCGGAAGAGGGUGUCAAAGUACAAUGACCCUGUCCUGCUGGAGGAGUACAAGAAACAGUAUGCGCUUUCAAAAGGCCUGACUGGCGAUACUCUGUAUAAGUUGGACAACAGCGUCGUCAUAUCAAAGGCCGAGAUUCCGUCAGGUAACCAGAAAGGAAAGACUGUCAUAGUCGUGUGCAAACCAAAAAUGUCCGGCAAGAAGGAGAAGAAGGAUGUGCAAUCGAAGUAUUUCCGGAUGAGCCAGGACUUCAGUCAGUUCCGAUCAAAUCUCAUUGCCGAUGUUGUGCACAGCAUAGGCGAUUCGGCCCCCAAAGGUGAUGCAGAUGUGUCGAUGGAGGAUGGUGAUACUGACAGGAGUCAGAGUCAGAAUGACUGUGUGAAAUCUUCUAGUUCUCAAGACAGUGCCCCUCGGCCCGAGUCAAAUAAUUUAGCAUCACACAGAAAUAAACAUUCUGUUAAUCCAUCACCUAGAAAUAGUGCUGCUUCAUCGUCACAGAAACAAAUCUCUCGAUCAAAGAACACUCAGGAUAGUGUCAAAUAUGUGCCUAGUAGUAGUUCUCAAGAAUCUGUUAUUGCUUCUGAUCCAGAAGCUCCUGUAUUGGAGAAAGUUGUGACAUUAAAAACGGAAAGUGAUAGCUAUGCAAGUGAGGGCAGACGAACGCCCACCAUUAGUAGUGGUGGUAAGAAGUAUAAGAUAUUCAAGUCACGAGGGCCACCAAAACCGCAAUAUAUUGAGUAUGCUUUGCCCGAGGAUUCUAUGCCAGACUCGCCAGAACCUCCCGUUCUGUCGCCAGUUUGUGAAUCGACACCCCUUGACAUAAGCGAACAGUCUGAGGAACAAAUGGAGUUGUCGGCCACUGAAAAAGUCAGUGCAAGUGAGGUGGAUGAUUUCGAGACCGUGGAAGAUGUCGUUCCGUCGAAGCGACAGAAAGUUGAGGGGGAAUGUGAGGGGGACUCUCAGGGAAAUCCGUCGGAUGGGUCCCUGUGUUCGCACGAAGACUCUCCCUCAUCCAUCAGCGGCAGCCAGCAGUCUGAGCCCGAGCAUCCCAAGUCGAGGAGGUUCUUCAAGUCAAAGAGCUCCAAGAGUAGCCUCGGGGUGUCAGACCUUCGCAGACGCGUUCUCCAGAGUCCAGGCAAAUCACCUUCCAAGGCUGUGUACAAUGCAAGAUCGUGGCAGGAAACUGACAAUGAUGCCAAAGAGACUUCAGUCAAUGCAUCACACGGCCGACCGAAAAAAGACUCAAAAUCAAAAUAUUCUUCUGAUGACUUCGGUGAUGACAGUUUUUCAGAUGAGCUGAAAGUAAGCCGCAAAGUUCACUGGCAGGGACGCGGAGGAGAAGACGCGUACACAUCACUGCGAGUCAGCAGAGAACACAGACAGUUGUUCACGGUGGUGCGUAACGUGAAGCAAGCGUUCGAGGUUCAGGAGAGUGGGGAGACGCAGGAGUUCACGGACGAUGUCGAGUAUCUGUUGGACGGGCUCCGGAAUACAGAACCAGUCUCCAUCCGAUGCUUAAGUUGUAUUCAGAUGGCGACGAAGUGUACAAUGCCAGCAUUCAGAAUGCACCUCCGAGCUCACGGUACAGUCACCAAGAUCUUCACCCUGCUGCAUGACGCCUGUACAGACCCUAGUCUUGCCCUGAGUACAGCGGCCAUGAUGUAUAUGUUGAGUCGAGAUCGACUGAACAUGGAUCUAGAGACGGACAGCCUCAAUCUGAUGUUACGACUACUCGAGUUCGAUUCAGAAAAGGAGACAUUUUCCCAGCUGAACCCAGAUGAGGUCAAAGAACUUGAGAAAACAAAAACGAGGGUGCAAGACCUUAUUAAAGACUUGAAGCAUGAAGAAACCUCAAAUUUUGAGACUGACACUAUAUCUACUGGUUACCUAGCGAUGGAAUCCUUGUUGAGUUUAACUUCGAGACGAGCUGGAGAGUGGUUCAAAGAGGAGUUGAGAACGCAAGGAGCCCUUGACCACAUAGUUGACAUGGUGUCUAAAUGUUCUCACACCAUUAUUGAGAGUCUUCAUGAUGGUAUUGAUAGUGCCGUUCCCAGUUUACGAAGAUUUGACCGUUGCCUUAGAGUGUUAGAAAAUGUUAGCUUUUUAAAUGUAGAUAACCAGUCGUACUUGCUGUCGUACAAACAUGCCGAACUCAUCACUGCUGAAUGCAGUGUACUGAAGGUCUGUCAGGAGUGUAUUUCUGCGUUUCCUGUACCGGAUGACGAGGAAGAAAGGAAGUCAUCACCUGGUGUGGUGCUCUUCAACUGUAUUCUUGCCAUUUUGAGAGUCCUCUUAAACCUGACUCAUGAAAACGAACUGGGCAGUACGAAGGUUGGUGAGCAGGAUGGACUGUUGGAUAUCAUUGUCGUCUGUCUGCUGACAAUGCCGAAAUACGUGCCUCUUGAACACUGCUUUGAUAUGUAUGUCUUGGGUCUAGGUUUGAUGAUCAACAUGGCUGAGCACUGCGAGGUGAACCGCCGGAGGCUGAUGACAUCUGUGACGACUAUAGAAAAUACAUCAACACCGAUUAUCACAGUCUUGAUCAAGUUGUUUCUCCAGCGCGAGGAGGCGGCUCGUAACUUGGAGGAGGACGAGAGUCAGUGCGAGACACUAGGGGGAUCACCUAACAAGAGUGGGGAGUGGCACGAGUCUGAGCAGGGCAUGCAGUGGAUCGCCAAGUCAGUGGAGAAGGUGAAGAAGGCGGACGACAACAACCGAGUGAACCGACCGCACAACGCCAAGGACGGGGAGGACGAUGAAGAAGAAACAUUCUUGAAAGCUCUUCACAAGGCCAGUAAACACAUGGAGAACAGUAUUAUCGCUGCGUACGUCGGACUCUUGAUAGGCUGCUUGAUACAGGACAACUCUGACUAUGUUGAACAAGUCAGGGAUCACCUACCAAACAGAAGUUACGAACCUGUUAUUAGAAUAUUGAAGAAAUUUUUGGGAUUCAUGAAUUUAACAAAUGCUGUGGAUAACACCGGAGCGCAGAAAAUCAAUCAAGUUAUAGAAGUGCUGGAGGCAGCGUGCUAAUCAAUCAUAUGGACAUCAUCACUGUUAUUUAUUUGUUACUGCGAUCUGUCAUCAGUGUGUGCAUGUACUAUUUUAUAGUCAGUAUCAUGACCAAAACCUUGUAAAUAUCAUCCAUUUAAUAUUUUCUUCUUGUAGCACAAAGAAUAGUAGUAAAGAUAACAAUUUUUUUGUACAGUUAUAUAUUACCUGAAUCAUGCCUGAAUGAACAGUUUUAAACAUUUUUGAUUAUUAUUGUAAAUUAUUUUCCUCUUUAAAAAAAAAAAAUGGUGUAUAAAUGGUGCCGAUAUUAUUUUUGUUUUCCGUGGGUUUUUUCUUCCUUUUUUAUGUGAUAGUUUUUGAACGUAAAAAUAGGUUGUAUUUUGCAGUGGAUACAAGAAAACAAAAUAUGUGGUGCAGGGCAUUUGGAUUUCAGCAUUAAUUUGGAUGCUGUUUGUAUUUAAUGCCUUUUUUUUUCAGGUUGUACUAACAGCCAUACUGAAUUUUAUUGGUAAAUAUUUUCAAGAGUGAAAUGGUGCUCUGUUGUUAUAGUGCUUUAAAACACAACAACUUGUUCUGCUGCGGCAAAAGUGCAUGUAAACUAUUCUUGUCACCCAUCAAGAGUAGCCUAUGUAAUGGAUAUUAAUGGAACUCAGUGGUAGAUAGCUUGUCUGAGGUGCAAUGAUGUAGGAUUGAUCACCUCUGGUAUGUGCUGCGCUGUGUAUGGUGAAGUGUGUAUAAAAGACCCCUUGCUGUCAUUCAUUGGAAGCAGUCUUAUGUGGCAGCUGUGGGUUUCCUCUUGCCAUGUGAACCAGGUGUAGGUUUCAACCAUCAUUCAAGACACUAAAGAGCCGCAGUUUAUAAUAUGCUGAGGUGACCACUAAAUAUUCCUUUCCAGUGGUUUCAGCAUCUUUGAUUUUAGUCCUUCAAAAUAAUAGCAAUCUGGGUAUUUUCUCUGACCAUACAGGAGCAAGAGGUUGCCCUGUGGGACGAUGCUUACCUGUUAGUGGCUCAUAGCAUUGUUUCACCUUGAUACAUACAUAGAUCAAUCCAUUUUUCGUCUCAAUCCAUCUAACCAAUGCUGGAACAUCAGUGGUUGUGUGAUAUGUGUUAUCAUGUCAAUGGAAAAUACUCUUAAAAGACUCCUUGUUGCUAGUUCACAUGUAUAGGAGUAGCCUAUGUGGAUGUGGGUUUCUUCUCAGAAUGUUUUGAUUAGCAGGGCUAGCUCUGAAUGAGCAAAACAUUUCGCCAAAUUAUCUUUAAACAUGCAAAAUCAGUUAUUUUCCAACAAAAUACCAAUUAUUGCUUGAAAUUUGUUUGCCAAAUUAAAAUAAAAUUCACCAAUUGUUACUAAAAUUUGCAAUUGUCGAAUUUGGCGAAUGCCAGAGCUAGCCCUAAUUAGUUGUAAUUGCCAAAUAGAAAAUAAUAGCCGUUGUCUAAACUUUGCUGGAGUGUGUUUCUAAACCAACAUUCCUUUCUUUUUCAUCCAGUGUUUGUCAACUGGUAAAUGAAAGGCUGUGUAUAUGUUGUCACAUGCAAGCAAAAGUGAUUCUAAUGGACCCAGUUGUUUGUGGUUGUUUUUAAAUGGAAAUGUGUAAAAACCGUGUAUGAUUCAGAGCUGAGUUUGGCAAAUGUAGGUUCAAAUCUUGCCAACAGAUACUUUGUUUUUAAAUAUGUAUGUUAUUAUGAAUUUGCCAACUAAUGGGCCUUUAAUUUGUUUGGAGAAAACUUUCGAAAGAAAAAAAAUCCCUGGAGUUUUAUCUACAAUUUUUAUGAAAUACUUGCCACAGUACUGGCAGUUCCGUUUGUUUUAUAGAGAAGCUAUCAUUGUCUGUGUGUAUAAAGACUCAAAUCUUUAAUGAUGUCACACACCAGCAGUUUGUAUUGUGUUGCCAUGACUUUAAAGUCUCAGACUCUACUGGAGUCUCAAGUCAAGACUUUAUAAAAUAAUGUAUAAACACCAGGCCAGGUUUGUUCUGAUGUGAACCGUCCAAAUGCUGUGCAAUUCUCAAAUACUUUUUAUAUAGAUUUGUCCAUUUAAAUGGAAUAACCGUUCAAUUUAAAGCUCAAUAGAAAUCUUUUAUGCAUGCAGUAAUCUUGUUGAUGCUAUUUUGUGGGGUUUGUAAUGUAUUUAAAAGAAUUUAUGGAAGAUAGAAGAACAGAAGUAACACUAACAAAAUCUGUUAAAAACAUUCUUUAUAUAGGCUUGAAUUGAAAGUCCAGUAUAACCUUUAAGGAUUUUGAGGAAUAAACACCCAAGAAAUAAAGUAAAGCACUUACUAUCAAUAAUAUAGCCAUAUAUUUUUGUUUUGUUAUUAGAUAUAAUUCAAAAUGUUUCUAAAAUAACAAUAAAACUGAUUUGAAAUGAAAAAUUUGACUGAUUGAUGUCUUGGAUAAAUUUUAAUUUUAAGUUGAAAGUAAAAUCAACAUUGUUACUGUGAUAUCCAAGACAAAUAGUAACAAAUUCCCUACCUACAGUUGUUGCAAUUAAGUAAAUUUUGUAUAGCUCUUAAAACAAAUUUGACUUGUCAAUGUCAAAUCUUGUAUCAUUAGCACUUCAAGAAACCUGACAAUGGUAAUUCAAAUAAUCGGUUUAAGGUUAUUUAUACUUUUAGUGUUAACCAUUUUGCUGUUUUGCAAAUCACUUAUGUUCCCAUGUAUUUUUUAAAUCAUUAUCCGAUCUAGGAGAAGUUAUUAAUAUUGAUAAAUACAGACUGACAGACAUAAACAUUGACAUAACAAAGAUAUUAAUGUGUUGGUAAGCAUAUGUUUUAAGAAACAUUUACAAUAUAUAUUUUUAAAAUAGGUGCUGCUGAAUAUUACUUUAAAAAACAAUGGAAUUAAAAUUAGCUCCACUGGUUAAUUACCUGUAGAUCUAACAGCACCCCGUUGCAGCUCAUGUCCAGUUGAACUUUCAUUCGACCAAUCAAAACCUUACUUGCAAAAUCAUGCCAGUGAUUUGAAAAAGAUUUGAAAACAUUAGGGAUUAUGCCGAGUGUAUACAAAAUGAUUCAGGUGAAUUACAAAGUAUGCCGGAAACUAAUUUCAAUAUAAAAUUUGUUUCAAGAUGAAACCCUCCGUGAUGUUAUAGCCAUAAAGUCUGUUUAUACUAGUAUACAAUCCAGAGUUUAUUACUGCACUUUUCCACCUGUUUUUUUUAAUGUUGAAAUAGACCAAUAAGUUUGCCUAAUGCAUAAAUAGUCUCGCCCAAAAAAUAUGCUCCUGAAUAAAGCUAUAAAAGGCGAAGUGUAAUUGGUCGAUAUUUAAAUUGUUAUUUAUAGAUGAAAUGUCACCUGGACCUGGGAGUCCACGCAAUGCUGUUAGAUCUACUGGUAGACCAGUACAGCUAAUUUUA